AUGGAGCAAAACGAAAGAAGAAAGCAAAAAAAAGCCCAUCCAAAGGACAGUUGGGAACUACCAAUUUUAUUUAAAUCGCACACAUUCACUGAAAACAGCUUGUACGAAGCUGCGAAAGAACACAAGGCUACAGCUCUCGGAGACAAGUUGGAAUUUUUUUGGAAGGAAGAAGAAAUCUGCGAAAAGCGCCCGUCACUAACAAGGGCUCUUUUAAAAAGCUUUGGGAAAGAAUAUUUACUACAAGGGCUUAUACUUUUACCCUUUGAUCUUGGAGUGAUGUUAGCUGUUCCUGAAGUUGAUGUCAUGUCACCAACACGUCUUAGUUUCAGGUUACUGCGACCUUAUUGUAUGAAGAAGUUUUUGAACUGCUUUACACAACAAGAGUGCGUCGGCGGAAUCGAAAUUUAUCUGCAUACUUCGUCAAUUGUUUCAGUAAAUCUGUUGCAAGUGUUAUAUUUUCACUGGUUUUAUUUGCAAUUUAGUUCUUUUGGAAUCAAAGUUAGAGUUGCUUGUUCUUCGUUAAUUUACAGAAAGUGUCUCGAGAUGAAGAAACAGUCGUUUAAAAAAAAAUCUGUUGGACAAGUAGUAAAUCUGUUUAACGAUGUAAACAGAUUCAACGAUGUUUUCGUCGUUUGUCACUACCUAUGGAUAUCACCUUUAAAAAUUUUGAUUUUUCUCUAUUACAUGGAUGUCGUUUUGGGACCCACGGCACUUACAGGCAUCUUUAUAAUUAUAUGUUUCUUCUUAGUACAGCUGGUUGUUUCCAAACAAAUGUUUUUGAGAAAAAGGGAAACCGCUUUGAAAACCGACGACAGAAUUCGUUUAAUAAAUGACGUCAUCGGUGGAAUACAAACAGUGAAGAUGUACACUUGGGAAACACCUUUUUCGAAACUUGUUAAAGCUGCUAGAAGAUCUGAAAUGAAGAUACUUAUUCAAGCUAAUUUGUUAUCUAUUAAUAACCACACUAUCGGGAUGUAUGUCACAAAAAUUGCGCUUUUUUUGUGCGUACUAAGCGUCAUUUUGACUAAGGUGCUUUUAACACCUGAGUACAUUUUCCCUUUGAUUAGUAUGUACGAAAACUUAAUUCUUGUAGGCGUACUAGGCUUUCAGUUGGCUGCAACUUUCUUCACGGAAGCCAAAACUUCGGUUGCUCGCAUUCAAGAAUUUCUUCUUUCGGGACGCAAAAAAGCUCCUGUAAAACAGCCAUCAAAAAGCACUGACUCUUGCAGUCCAAAGUCACACCAAUGUUUUGAACCAACUGUUUAUGGAAUUCAUCUUAACAACGUCAAGGUGGUUUUCGAUACCUCCACCGUGUUGGAAGAUGUCACCUUUUCAGCGCUUCCUGGAGAUCUAGUUGGAAUAUCAGGAAAAUCUGGAAGCGGGAAGUCAACACUCCUUCAAGUCAUCCUCCAAGAAAUUAAAGCAAAAGGCACGAUUGCCGUCGGCGGAAAAAUUUCGUACGCGUCCCAAGAAGCUUGGAUUUUUUCCGCAAGCAUUAAACAAAACAUUCUUUUCGGGGAAGAAGAAGACGAGAAGAAAUAUCGCAGAGUGAUUCGAGCGUGCGCUUUGGAACACGAUUUGUCUCUUUUCGCUAACGGUGACCAAACUCUCGUCGGUGAACGAGGGGUGAUGUUGAGCGGAGGCCAAAAAUCGAGGAUAAAUUUAGCCAGAGCUGUGUAUCGAGAUGCUGAUAUUUAUUUAUUAGACGAUCCUCUAGCUGCUGUUGAUGGCACUGUGGCUCAACACAUCUUCAAUGAGUGCAUUUUGGGGUACUUGAAAGACAAGUGCGUAGUUCUGGUGACCCAUCACUUGAAGUACUUGAGGAACGUCAAAAAACGAUAUAUUAUAAAUAAAGGAAAAGUGGUUGAGGAAGCUUCGAGUGAAAAUGUUUUCAUGGAGUCUGAUGAAGUGGCAAUGCAAGAGGACGUCAUCAAAUCUCACAAUUUACCUCCCGAGAUUCAUGAAAGUGCUACAACCAAUUAUAGCACACGACAAAUUUACAAAAAGUAUUGGUUUUCUGGAAGCCACUGGAUCCUACCUUAUUUGAUAUUUGCACUACUUUUAUUAACUCAUUCCUUAAAUAGUUUCAUCGAUAUAUUUAUUAACACUUUUUAUGUUUACGCGUCACUGAUUGUCCUUCUCUUCUUUCUUAAUCACACUCUGUCUGUGAUAUUUACGAAACAUUGCAUCUGUAUUUCAAAAAAUCUACACAAUACGUUGUUAGACAAAAUUUUGGCCCUUCCGAUGAAAUUCUUCAACGAGCAUCCUUCUGGUAGGAUUCUUAACCGGUUCUCGCAAGAUGUCGGUCGCGUUGAUGAAACUAUACCCUUCUGUUUAUACGAAAUGGUGAGAUCAGCCUUCGACUCACUUGGAACAGUGAUAAUUGUAGUAAUUUUAAAUUAUUGGUUAAUAAUACCAACGUUGGCAGCCAUUCCUUUGAUUUAUUUGUCCACUUGGCUCUUUCAGCCUCUCAACAGAAAUCUAAGAAAGCUGGAAGGAAUCACCAAAAGUCCUAUUCUGACUUACGUCGUUACUUCGUUGCGCGGACUUCCAACAAUACGAGCUUUUAACAAACAAAAACUUUUAGUUGAAGAAUUCGAAUCCCACCAAGACGCUCAUUCCUCCGCUUUCUACUUAUUUAAGUCUUUAUUUUUUACUUACUCGUUUUGGAUCGAUUUAAUAUGCUGCAUAUAUUCCACAAUUAUCACUUUCAGUUUUUUAACUUUCAACACAGAUAGUUCAGUGGCAAUUGUAGGUUUAGCUGUCAGUCAAGCAAACAUCUUGGUAGGUUUAGUCCAAUUCGUCAUGAAAAUGUGGAGCGAAUUGAGCGCUAACAUGACUUCUGUAGAACGAGUACUAGAAUACAUAGAAUUACCUCAAGAACUAGACAACGGUACUUUCGUGCCACCACCAUCGUGGCCCCAAGUCGGACAAAUCGAGUUUAAAUCAGUAUCGAUGCGGUACUCUCCAGACAAACCUUUAAUACUAAAAAACAUUGAGAUUAAGCUUCACCCAAGGGAAAAAGUGGGAAUCGUUGGCAGAACUGGAGCCGGAAAAAGCUCUCUGGUGUCCACUCUGUUUCGUCUAACGCAUUUCGAAGGUCAGAUUCUCAUAGACAACGUAGACACCAAAGUCGUACCGCUGAAUGUUUUGCGAUCAAAAAUCACCAUCAUUCCACAAGAUCCGAUAUUGUUCGUAGGUUCUUUAAGAAAAAAUUUAGAUCCGUUUGAAGAAUUCAGUGAUUCUCAAGUUUGGAGUGCUUUGGAGGCUUUCAACCUGAAAGCGUUUAUAGCAAACUUGCCACUGGGUCUUGAGACUCUGGUGGACGAAGGUGGUACCAACUUUAGCGUAGGACAGAAACAGUUGUUGUGUUUGUCGAGAGCGAUGUUGAAGAAGACUAAGAUUUUUGUCUUGGAUGAAGCUACAGCUAACGUUGAUUUGCAAACGGAUGAAGGAAUUCAGGCCACCAUUCGAGAAAAAUUUAAAGAUUGCACACUUUUGGUGAUAGCGCAUCGCUUGGACACUAUUUUGGAUUCCGACAAAGUAGUAGUUAUGGAUGAUGGUAGGGUCGUGGAUUUUGGGAAACCUGAGGAAUUAUUUUUAAAGAAACACUUUGUUUAA